CCGCUCAGCCCGCGCCUCCGCCUCCACCGCCUCCUCUUGCUCUCCUUCUGCGGGCGAAGCCGAGGGAGCCGAGACUUGGUCGCGAUCCUAGUCGCCUUCCCCCCCCCCUUCCCCACCUCCCUCGUUCCCUCUCCCGGCCGGCCAUGGAUCGCUGCAAAGCGUCGAUGGGGAGAAAGAAGAGGAAAACUCUCGGCUGCUUCCUGCCGGGCUGCUGGAGUUCCUCUGGGCAUUCGUAGGAUCGCUCGGGGGAGAGGGGAUUGCGCGCUCGGGGCAGAGGCUGAGUGACGGCCGGAGAGAGCCGGAGAUGUCUCCGGCGGGGUUGACCUUGUCAAUUUCACGCCUCGCCUUCCGCCUGGACCACAGCGAGCUGGUCAAUUUCAGAGGCGGCCAAGGCGCCUCGGUUGGGGGGGCUUCUGUCGCCCGUCCUCUCCUCUCUCUGUGUGUGUUCCCUCCCGCCUCCACCACAAAUAAUCUCCGCUCUUCCUCCUGGCUGCGCGGAUGCCUGCUCCUCCUGCUGCUGCUGCUGACGGGCGACUUCUUCGGGGGAUUAUAGCCAAGCAACGGCGAGCCCUCCCCGCCGCAUCUGGACAGAUCAAUUAGGGGCGGGGGGGGGAGAGAGAGAGAAACCCUCUCGCUCCUCUUGUACCUUUCCUGCAACUGCCCUGGUUUGCUUCCGGCUUUAAAGAAGUUUCGUGAUGACUGUUGUUGAAGCGAUCAUCAUCAGUACCUCUUGAAGAAAAGAUUUUUGAAUCCUCCUAUAGGAUAGUUUGGGGGAUUUCCAAGGCCACCAACCUUUCUUCUUUCUCCUGGAAGGAAGCAUCCAUCUCUUGAAGAACACAGCUUUUGAAUUCAGACCUCCUUUUUCUCUUCUGGCCGGGACCUCUGGAAUUACAAGGUGCUCAGGGAAAGCGUAAAGGAGAAGAACCUCCUCUGAAGAGUGUAGUGGAUGCUGAUGGAGCCAGCCAUGGAGGGCCAGCCGGGCUAGUUCAUGUGCCCCUUUCUGGGAGAAAAAUGGAUGGGUGCCACCAAGCUACCUACCAUUGGGAAGAUGCGCACUUUUGGACUGAAAGGUUUCUGCCUGCUUGCCCUCCUCCUUCUGGACUCCACCAUGCCAAGCCGCAGGUACCCCCGAUCAUGUGGGUUUGAUGGUGUUUAACUUCAACGACACCAUUGACACACAUGAACAUAAAAAAAAUCCCCCUUUAGUCCUCAUCCCCUUUUAAUAUGUGGGGGAGGAUGGAAAGGCAGUUUAGCAAGCCAACCACUCAUGGGAACGGACAUUGAGUGCCAAAGGAGGCAUGGAGGGGGGGACACAUCUUUUUUCCUGCAAUAACUGACUGAGCCUUGAUUCCCACCCCCCAGCCAACAAGUUGGUGGGUGUGGGUGGGACACAUCUGCCAUUCAAUGUGACACCCUCUCCCCACCUGCCCCGACUACGCCAUGGAGCUGUCCGAGGUGCGCUGCUUGAGCGACAGUGAUGAGUUGUACACCAUCAACCAGACGCCCCCGAGCGGCGGUGUGCGUUCCCAGCGCCUGCUGUGGCAGACCGCCGUGCGCCACAUCACGGAGCAGCGGUUCAUCCAAGAGCACAGCAGCGGCAAAGCGCUGGGUUCGGACGAGCCCUGCUGCCCGAACCACUCCCAUCGUCCCCGGAGCCAUUCGGCCGGCAAGAGCCUGGGGGGCCACAACAAUGGGGGGACCAAAGUCUUCCCAGAGCGCACCAGCAGCAGUGGGGAUCUGGGCUUCCUGCACGUGGACUGCGCUCCCAGCAACUCGGACUUCUUCCUCAGUUGGGGCUACACCUACCGGGGUGUGAUCUUCCCCACGCUUCACAAUUCGUUCAAGUCCCGGGACUUGGAGCGUCUCUAUCAACGCUACUUCCUGGGCCAGAGGCGCAAAUCUGAGGUGGUGGUCAACAUUCUGGACAUACUCACCAAGCUGACCCUCCUGUUGCUCCACCUCUCUUUGGCCUCGGCCCCCAUGGGCUCCCUGAAGGGCAUCCUGCUGGGCUUCUUCACGGGCAUCGAGGUGGUCAUCUGUGCCUUAGUGGUGGUCCGGAAGGACACGACCUCUUACACCUACCUGCAGUACAGUGGGGUGGUCACAUGGGUGGCCAUGGCUACCCAGAUCUUGGCUGCUGGCCUGGGUUGCGGGCUACUUGGAGACAGUGUUGGCUACGUGCUCUUCACCCUCUUUGCCACCUACAGCAUGCUCCCUCUGCCCCUCACUUGGGCCAUCCUGGCGGGCUUAGUCACCUCCCUCUUGCAACUGGUCAUGGAGAUGGUCAUCCCCAGGCAUGCUGUGACCUCCAUCAAUCAGACAGCUGCUCAAGCAGUUUUAUUUAUGUGCAUGAAUACUGCUGGGAUCUUCAUCAGCUACCUUUCCGAUAGAGCCCAACGCCAGGCCUUCCUUGAGACUCGAAGAUGUGUUGAAGCUAGGUUGAGGCUGGAAACAGAAAACCAGAGGCAGGAGAGGCUGGUUCUGUCCGUGUUACCCCGGUUUGUAGUGCUUGAAAUGAUUAACGACAUGACCAACGUGGAGGAUGAGCACCUGCAGCAUCAAUUUCACAAGAUCUAUAUUCACCGCUACGAAAAUGUCAGCAUUCUGUUUGCAGAUGUGAAAGGAUUCACGAAUCUCUCCACAACCCUCUCAGCCCAGGAACUGGUCCGGAUGCUGAAUGAGCUCUUUGCCAGAUUCGAUCGCUUAGCCCAUGAACAUCAUUGCCUUAGAAUUAAGAUCCUGGGAGACUGCUACUAUUGUGUAUCUGGGCUCCCGGAACCGCGCCAGGACCACGCUCAUUGUUGCGUUGAAAUGGGACUCAGCAUGAUCAAAACCAUCAGGUAUGUGAGGUCAAGGACAAAGCAUGAUGUCGACAUGAGGAUUGGAAUACACUCGGGAUCUGUGCUGUGUGGCGUGCUGGGUCUACGGAAGUGGCAGUUUGAUGUUUGGUCGUGGGACGUGGAUAUUGCAAACAAACUCGAGUCAGGCGGAAUCCCUGGGAGAAUCCACAUAUCCAAAGCUACUCUCGAUUGUCUAAAUGGGGAUUACAAUGUUGAAGAAGGACACGGCAAAGAACGUAACGAAUUCUUGAGAAAACACAACAUUGAGACUUACUUGAUCAAGCAGCCUGAGGAAAGCUUGUUGACUCUGCCUGAAGACAUUGUCAAAGAGGCAAUCACAUCUUCAGACAGGAGAAACAGUGCGGCAACAUUCACCGAAGGCUCCUGGAGCCCCGAGCUUCCUUUUGAUAACAUUGUGGGAAAGCAGCAUACUCUGGCUGCCCUAACAAGAAAUUCAAUAAAUCUGCUUCCAAACCAUCUUGCACAAGCUUUGCAUGUCCAGUCUGGGCCUGAGGAAAUUAACAAGCGAAUAGAACACACCAUCGACUUGCGGAGUGGCGAUAAAUUGCGAAGAGAGCAUAUCAAGCCGUUCUCCCUGAUGUUUAAAGACUCUAGCCUGGAACAUAAGUAUUCCCAAAUGAGGGAUGAAGUAUUCAAGUCGAAUUUGGUGUGUGCGUUCAUGGUCCUUCUGUUUAUCACCGCAGUCCAAAGUUUGCUUCCUUCUUCAAGGUGGCUGUGGUGUGACUUCGACCAACCAGUAGCCUUUAAGAAUCAGACUUUCAACUCUUCAGCAUAUUUUCCAGACAUUUGCUCCUACCCAGAGUAUUUUGUCUUUACUGGUAUCCUGGCCAUGGUGACGUGCGCUGUGUUUCUCCGCCUCAACUCUGUCCUCAAGUUGGCAGUGCUUCUCAUCAUGAUUGCCAUCUAUUGCUUCCUGACUGAGACCAUUUAUGCUUCCCUCUUUCAACGAUACGAUGAUAUCCACCAUAAUGGAGACACAAACUUCCUAGGGACUAAAGAAGCAUCUUUGCUCCUUAUGGCCGUGUUUUUGCUAGCUGUGUUUUAUCAUGGCCAACAGCUUGAGUACACAGCGAGGCUUGACUUCCUGUGGCGUGGCCAGGCCAAAGAAGAAAUCAACGAAAUGAAGGAGUUGAGGGAACACAAUGAAAAUAUGCUGCGCAACAUCUUACCAAGUCAUGUGGCCCGUCACUUCUUGGAAAAGGACCGAGAUAAUGAAGAACUCUACUCUCAGUCCUACGACGCCGUUGGUGUCAUGUUUGCUUCCAUCCCUGGCUUUGCCGACUUCUAUUCCCAGACUGAAAUGAAUAAUCAAGGGGUUGAGUGCCUGCGCCUGCUGAAUGAAAUCAUUGCUGACUUCGACGAGUUGCUAGGUGAAGAAAGAUUUCAAGAUAUUGAAAAAAUUAAAACUAUUGGCAGCACAUACAUGGCAGUAUCAGGAUUAUCUCCUGAAAAACAGAAAACAGAUCAAACCAGACCCUGCCAUGGGCGGUCCACAAAGCAAGCUAAAUGGCUUUCUGAUCACAUGCUUCUAACUGACAAGUUCACUCGUCAAGAACACUCUUCUUUCUUUUCCUCUCUAGGUAUCAGCCAUGGCUCUGUGGUGGCAGGCGUUAUUGGUGCUAAGAAGCCCCAGUACGAUAUCUGGGGCAAAACGGUGAACUUAGCCAGCCGAAUGGACAGCACCGGCAUCAGUGGCAGAAUGCAAGUGCCUGAGGAAACAUAUCUCAUCCUGAAGGACAAAGGAUUCGCCUUCGACUACCGGGGAGAGAUUUACGUCAAGGGCAUCAGCGAGCAAGAAGGAAAAAUCAAAACGUAUUUUCUUCUGGGAAGAGUACAGCCGAACCCUUUAAUCUUGCAACCCAGAAAACUGACCGGGCAGUAUUCCUUAGCUGCCGUGGUAUUAGGGCUUGUACAGUCUCUUAACAGGCAAAAACAAAAGCAAAUCCUGAAUGAGAACAAUAAUUCUGGGAUCAUUAAGGGACACUACAAUCGGCGGACUUUGCUAACGUCCGGAGGAUCGGAGUCGGCAGCCCAAGUGGAAGGCGCCGACAAAACUGAAUUGCCAUAAGCCUGCAUCUUUCUCU